CUCAAAGGCAGCAUCCGCAGAAACAAGCGGUCGGACACAAGAGAGCAACAAGCUCGAGCGGACCGGACACGUUCUGUGCUGCGGUGCUGAACGAACCGCUCUCCGACGGGAGCGGCACCGAUCGACGCCUAAUCCGAACUGAACUGGAGGAAGGAAGAUGUCAGCGGUUUAUAAAGAUGACCAGGAGGACUGGGUGACGGUGUGUCUCAAGUACCUGCUCUUUGUUUUCAACUUUCUCUUCUGGGUGGGUGGAGCCGCUGUUCUGGGUGUCGGAGUCUGGACACUGGUGGAGAAGAGCGACUACUUGAGUCUGCUGGCCUCCAGCACUUUUGCUGUCUCUGCAUAUAUCCUCAUCCUGGCCGGCAGCCUGGUGGUGGUUACUGGCUUCUUGGGCUGCUGCGCCGUCAUCCGGGAACAGAGAAGCUGCCUGUCCACGUAUUUCUUCUGCCUGCUCUUUAUCUUCCUGAUUGAACUGGUGGCUGGAGUUCUGGCCUAUGUUUACUACCAGAGGCUGAGUGAGGAACUGAAGCAGCAUCUCAACCAGACUAUGACAGAGAACUACGCCCAGCCGGGAAAGGACGCCAUCACAUUAGCUGUUGACAGGCUACAGCAGGAUUUCAAGUGCUGUGGCAGCAACAACUCCCAUGACUGGAGGGUCAGUGUGUACAUUUCGUCAAAGCAUGCAGAUGCCAGGAUUGUGCCUGAUAGCUGCUGCAAGAGCAUCACCCCUCUCUGUGGCCAGAGAGACCACCCGUCCAACAUCUACAAGGUGGAGGGAGGAUGCAUCACUAAGCUGGAGCAGUUUCUGGCAGACCAUCUGUUGGUUAUUGGUGCUGUGGGAAUAGGUGUAGCCUGUCUGCAGCUGGCCGGGGCAGCCUUGACAGCCUGCUUUAUUUAUCUGCUCUAUAAAGAAGAGGAAGAGGACUUCGGUACAUUGUGAUUUAGCUCUAGAGCCUCUCUGGGGUUUAAUCAACCGGAGACAAGAUCUGUGGUAUGGUGUUCACCUGCUGCUUGCACAGAAGGAUCAAGAUGGACCCUUACUGAGCACAUCGGGCCCCCAACACACCACCUUCAACACACACAUGGAACAAUGAUCGGCUGACACCUCAGAAUUUUGAACUCUGACCUUGUGAUCGAAGCCAAGUGCACAGAUAUAUUUCAGGUCAUCCACAUUGCGGUCAGAAAAAAAGGUGCCAUUGAGCAACCAAGCCAAUUUAUUUUAGUGCUUUUUGUACAGUAUUGUACAAAAGUUACGAUGUAUUUCAACCCAGGCUUAUACAUUUCUCAUACCUGACCCAGAUCUCAGCUUCCUGCAUCAUUGCCUUGGCUGAGGUGCAUGCUAUAGUUUGAGCAGGACCGACUGAAGGGCAACCUGAACUCGUAUUACUUUCUACUCGACGACGUAAAGACGAUGGAAAUUGAUGUAUCACUUUGUCACUGUGCAGAAUUAUUUAAAAGGGUUUUCUUGAGUAAGCAGUGAGAACCAACCCUGUGCACGCUGUUAAUGAGGAAAGGUAACUUAUUUUUUAAUCUUUUGAAAACACACGUGCCUCUUUCACAGCUCUGCUGAUGAAUGAUUAUGUGUUUGAUUCUGUACGUGAAAUGUGUAAACUAGUGGACUGAUAAACAAGCAAAUUAAAUAUACUUCAUCCUCUAUAUAUAUUUUUUUAGUUGUAUCUAUAUGACUGACAAUAGCACUACAUUUUGAACUGUAUGAUUGAUUGGUAACUGAUCAAUACUGGAAAUACUUAAAUGUAUGACAACAACAUCUCUGUUAAAUAAAUAGAAAGGUGAAAGUCA